ACUCCAGAAGAAAAAACACACAAACAAUGUGAUGUCAAAGAGAGAGGUGAUGUAAAAACAUGCGCGUGACGGAGCUGUCAACAAGUGCGCGUCGUUCAAAACCGUGAAGUGAAAAGUUGAACUGUCUUUUUCACGUGUCUGCUGGACAGUGAAAUUAAUUAAAUCUGCAAGUUUUCGAGCUGUGACUGCAAAGUGAACGUCUGUUAAGUCAACAGGGAGCCUCCUGUAGAGUCAGCUAUGACCUCGGCCACUCCCCCCUCCUCAGAAGGCUCCUCUCCUCAGAAAGUCUGCCACUCCCAGACACAGACUGACAUCACCAAACCCCUGCUGGGCUCCACAGCGGGGACUGGAAGUACUGGUGCAGGUGGAGGAACAGGAGCAGGAGGGGUCAGCGCUCUCCGGAGAAGGCGCCGUGUCCUCUCCAAAGAUGGACGAAGCAAUGUACGCAUUGAGCACGUAAGCGGGCGAGGGGCGCUGUACCUCCGUGACCUCUGGACGACUUUUCUGGACAUGCAAUGGCGUUACAAGUUGUUCCUGUUCUCUGCCACCUUCGCUGGGACCUGGUUCCUGUUUGGAGUGCUUUGGUACCUGGUGGCAAUGGUGCAUGGAGACUUACUGGAGUUUGACCCCCCCUCCAACCACACGCCAUGUGUAAUGGAGGUGAAGACCCUGACAGGAGCCUUCCUCUUCUCUCUGGAGUCCCAGACCACCAUAGGCUAUGGUUUCCGGUGCAUAACUGAAGAGUGUCCUGUCGCGAUUGUCCUACUCAUCUUUCAGCUGGUCAUCACCAUGGUGAUGGAGAUCUUCAUCACCGGCACCUUCCUUGCAAAGGUUGCUCGUCCAAAAAAGAGAGGCGAGACGGUAAAAUUUAGUCAACAUGCUGUUGUGUCAAAUCACGAAGGGCGACCCUGCCUCAUGAUCCGAGUGGCCAACAUGCGCAAAAGCCUGCUGUUAGGAUGCCAGGUGACGGGGAAGUUGCUUCAGACGUCCUUGACAAAGGAGGGCGAGACGGUGCGGCUGGACCAGCGGAACGUACCUUUCCAGGUGGACACGUCCAGCGACAGCCCCUUCCUCAUCAUCCCACUCACCUUCUACCACAUCAUUGAUGACAACAGCCCCCUCAGAGCCUGGGCUGCAAAAGGUGGUGACUGGACAGACCCAGAGCUGUCUGACUUUGAGCUGCUGGUGAUCAUGAGUGCCACUGUGGAGCCGACCUCUGCUACCUGCCAGGUCCGAACAUCCUACCUUCCAGAUGAGAUCCUCUGGGGCUAUGAGUUCCCCCCCGUCGUCUCCCUGUCCCCCUCAGGAAAAUACGUGGCUGAUUUUGCCUUCUUUGACAAAGUUGCCAAAACCAAGACCCAGCCCCUAUUCAAGCAAGCCCUACCGCCAAGCCCGCCAUCGCAGGCGUCCCGUUACCACGGUAGCAAAGAAGAAGGGACAGACCCGGAGAAGAUGCGACUGGAGGAGAGCUACAGAGGGGAAGAGAGGGGGCGAGAGAGGGGGCGUAUCAGAGAUAGCAGCCCACUGAGUGUGCGUAUAAGUAAUGUGUGAAGAAAGAGAGGAGACAGGAAGAGGUUGCGGAAAAGUUGAUGUGAAACUACAUUCUCACAACCCCCACACAUACACACACAACACUCCACCUACACAUAUAAAAACACCUGGGUGCCCUAUCACCGAACCCACCAACUAUACACAGAAUCAGUUGCCAAUCUGCUACUGUAACCACAAGUUUGUAGAGAAUAUACUGAUAAUGUCUGUGUUUUUGAAGGCAGCACAUUACAAACCCGACAUGUACAAAUGUAAAGUACAUCGAGUUAUCUAUAGAGACAUUUUCUUAACUUAUAUUUAUUUUUCUUUUUGGAGAGGACUUGAUCUACUGUAACUGGCAGAUGCUUAAACACUGCAAAAAUCUCCAUCUUCUCAAGACUAAUCCCUGUAUAUACUUGAGUUCUUAAACAAUAUUUUCUCAAUAUAAGGGUAUAAAUCUGGAAUAUCAGUGUGUUUCAAUAGAAAUCAACUUGUUCCAGGAAAUUUUUAUAAAUGUGUGUAUUAUCCUGAAGCAAGAGAGACUAAGACUAGAAUCAAGACACACUAGAGUCAGGAAAAUCAAACUGGAUUCCAGAAAAUCAAACUUUAGGAGCUGAAUUACAGACAAAUUGACUUGAUAAGAAGUCGAUUUUUGCAGUGAAGUUGAAGGACUGAUGUGGAUGUUAAUCACUGAAUCGCAGUACUGUUUUUUUUCCCUUUUUAAAAAAUAAUUAAUAAAAUACCUGCAGAGGUGCCGAAAAAUACUGGAAACAUGUUAUUUUUUUAACAAAGAAUUUCAAAGGAAUGUAUCAUAUUUUAUGUACCCAAUAGUUUCUAACAGCUUGUUGCACCUGAAAAUACGGUGCUCUUUGAUAUGAAUGUCUUGUUUAUUGGGGUAAAUAUUUUUAGUAAUAUUACUAAAAGCACUUUAACAUGAAGCAAAAGUGGCAUUUCAGAAAAAGGGAAUAACUGAACUAACUCUGAUACUUAAUGCACUGUAACAAAUGAUUAAAUCUUGUGGUUAUGUUUGACGUGUGUGAGUGUGUGUAUGCUUGCAAAUGAGUAAUUUUAGUGUAUAUGAUUUUUAUGAGUAUAAUAAUAUGGUUUGUAUGAACCUUUUUGUGAACUGUAUUAAAUGUCAUGUACAGUAUGUGUAUUCAAUGUGCGUGUUCCUCUGUACAGAAUGUAUAAAAUAUCUUUUCCUUCAUUCUUGAUUUCUUUGUCCUGACAUUUAAUACCCUGCAUUUUCAAAUGCCACGUUAAUUAUUGUUAAUGCACAAUGUUGUUGCUUUGUCGCUGUCAUUUUUUUCAUACAGUCAUGAACGUGCCUGUGGAUUCUGCCAAUAUGUGUUUGAUCAACUGCCUUUUUGUAUUAGAUAAGUAUGUAUAUUAGGACAAAGAACUCAUUUUUUUCCAUUUUUUUCUUUUCACAUGGAAACAGGCAUCAAAAUUAAACCACGUUAUGGUACUUGUUCAACGGAAAUAAUGAAAUGCCUGGGUUAAUGGUGACGAAAAAUCCAGUUUUGUUGAAUGGGUCAUCUAAAUAUUUAAAUAAAGAAAGAUGAACAAUAGAAAAAAAGAAAUAAAAAAAAAAGAUUGCUAGAAAUUUUCCUAUAUUUAACACUGUUUUUGUUUGAAUGCCAACAAAACAUGCUAUUAAAAAUGAGCAUAUAUUAAUUUUGUACUAAUUUCCUAAAGUUCAUUGCCAAUGUUUUAAAAAAAACCUAUAUCAUCAAGUCUUGGUUUAAGGCAAUCAAGGACUUGAGUUCAUUUUUAUCAAUUCCAUAACCUAUUUUAAUGUUGUGCUCUAGAUUAUGAGACUUUAGUGAUACUAUUAAGAUGAAACUUCUUCUUUGAAUGAAACUUCAGAAACCCCCAAGGAAAUAUUCUCAGUAACUGAAAAUAUAUCAGUUUCAAUCUGGCAAGAGGUUGUGCUUGUUUAUUCUGUAUAGCCUAUACUGUAUAUGGAUCACUCAUAAUACUGCAAGCUCAUUGUUCUAACUGCUAUUGUACU